AUGGUAUUCUAUUCGGGGCUGAAAAAAGUUGAGGCUGCACCGGUUGCGCCAGACAAGGCUGAGCGUGUCAAGUGUUGGGAGAAACGUGAUAUGUUUUUUCAGUGCCUUGAUGCAAAUAAAAUUGACAAUUCGUUAGAUUCCAAAGAGCUUUCAAAAGUUAAUGAGAAAUGUGGCAGUGCCAAAAAGGAAUUCGAACGAGAUUGCGUUAGCAGUUGGGUAAAGUAUUUUCAGGAGAAGAGGUUUAAUGAUUUGGUGAGACAGAGGUAUAUACAGAAAUUGGAAAGCGAAGGAGCACAACCGUUACCAUUCAAGAUUGAAGGUAUAAAGAAGUAA